UUGUGAUGCUAUAACUUUCCCGGAAGUUGGGAUUUAAACCUGAGGAUCGUUGUUGGGAGGUCCAGACAAAAGUUUGAAAAGUGGUAACAAAUUCAGUUUCAAAAAGUAAUUAGUCAGCAGCACUUUUACCAUGACGAAGCUGAUGGAGUGGUUGCUUGGGCUAAGCCUGAUUGGAGUCCUUUGGAGUAUUGUCACUUUUGACCUUUUGGAUCUACGCAUUUCAGAUCAAUAUUUGCAAGUCGCAUGGCCUCUUCCCAUUUAUUUACUAGUUGCUUUUGGUUGUUACUCUUUGGCUGUGGUGGGCUACAGGGUGGCCACAUUCAAUGACUGUGAAACAGCUGCAAAAGAAUUACAAGAGCAAAUUCAAGAAGCAAAAAGAGAUUUGCAGAAAAAAGGACUGCACUUUUGAUGUAGGACCUUUUUUUUUUAAUCAAAGAAUUUUUUUUUUUUUUUUGCUUUUUGCAAGGAAGAUAUUGAACUAUAAGGUUGUCAGUUUCUUUGUGUUUCAACUUCCCGAAAACCUUUAUUUUAAAGAAAGGAUCUUCUAAUUGUGUCUUACAAAUAUAUACAAUCAUGGAAAUUCCUGUCAUAUUUUCGUAUACUGUUUCUGACUUGUGGCAUGUUCCAACCAUAAUAAAACUGUAACAAUGUUGUUCCAGUUUAUAAUAUAUCAUAUAAUGUGAAAACACUAUGACAUGUUUGAUUUAAUUGCACUAGUCUUACAGACAAAUUAAUUUAUGACUUUAAUGUUGUACCCUGCACGACAUUUAAGCUACUUUCAAUUUUAAUAUGAAUUGUUUGAAGCAGAAUUGUCACGUUCAUUCACGUUUUUACCUGUACUUCUCACUUAUUAAUGUGUCCUCUUGCAGGAUGAGACACUUAAUUGGCAAAAUUUUAAAUGGAUGUUAGAGUUUCUUUUGCAAAGAGUAUAAAAGCAUGAAUUGUGUUCUGCAUUGUGCCAGUUACUGACAGUGUGGUCUUUUGACUGGUCCAUAUCUUUGGUGUUGAUAAACUGGUCGCUGGAAUACUUCAUUUGAUGCUUGCUGUCUUAUGUUAUGGUUAUGGUCAAGUAUUCCUGAAUUCCUAAAGGUUUUCCAAUUUGAAUAUUUUUAAUAACAGGACAAAUAUAAAACUGAUGUUGCAUCUAUAUCGCCUUGGCUAGUGUGAAUCUGUCAGCAUGCAUUAUCGGUGGGCGUUCUCCCCAUCCAGGGUUAAUUCCUUCUUUGUUCUUGUGUUGCUUAGAUAUGAAUUUGCACACAAAUAUAGAGAUGCAGCCUGUCGUACAGGUUACUCAUGAGUAAUUUAUAAUAUUUUGUAAAAAUUCAAUAAUAUUGCGUUAAUGCUGUUAACGAUUGAUUCAGUCCAGCAAUUUGCAAAUGCUCUGAUGGCCACAAUCUUUCGGGAUAGCCUUUGUUUUUAUCAUUGUUAAAUCUAGACUUUUAUUUAAAAAGAAUAAAUAAAUAAAGCUAGGGAUCACCUGUUGCUGCAUUCAAGACAGUUUAAGAGUAUAAGAUUAUUUUUUUCUGUGAUAUAUCUAGCCCAGAUUCAUACUAACAUUUUGUGUGACGGAGUACUCUUUAGUAGUUUCAAACAAUAAUAAUAAUAAAUAUUUUUCUGAUGUGCAAAUACCUAUUGUAUGGUCACUGAUAAACUGUACAUCAUCAUGCUCACCCAACUUUGCUAUCAUAG